GAAUAAGGGUGGCUGCGGGAGUGCUGGUAAUGAGGUUUCUGGAUUCCUGUGCUUGGUUACACAGGUAUGUUCCGGUUGUAAAAAUUCACUGGACUGUACAAUUAGGGGUUGCGCGCUUUUUUAUGUAUAGUUCACUAAAAGUUAAAAAAAAAAAAAAAGAGUUGCCCUUUUCCAGGGAGGGGCUGGAAUUCUUGGAAUUUUGCCUAAACUCACUCAGUUCUGAUUUCACCACGAAUCCAUUAGCCAACUUUCACUCCAAGAACUGAGUCUGGCCUGAGGGAGACAAGAGUUCCGGAGGCGGGUUCAGCACCACAGCCAGUUUUCAGAACGCCCCGCGCGCCAGGCCAGGGCUGGGAGAACGACCUGCUGCUUUUACCUCGGGCGGGUCCCAGGUGCGCAGGCCAUGGGUCUGAAGCGCCCAGACGCCUCCUGACGCGGCUCCGCCACCCACUGUUGCUGCGCCAGGGGACGCCUGACCCCGUCGGGCCUGCGAAGCGCUCUCCGCCUCCUGGACCGGACUUCGGCCGGGCGCGACUUCCAGCUUCCCCGCUCCAGGUCCAGAAGGCAGCCGCGCGCAGCCGGGAUGGUGACGGUGAUCCUGCAGCCCGCGGGCCGCUGCCGCUGGGACGAGCCCGUGCGCAUCGCCGUGCGGGGCCUGGCGCCGGGACAGCCCGUCACGCUGCGCGCCUCCCUGCGCGACGAGAAGGGUGCGCUCUUCCGGGCCCACGCGCGGUACCAAGCCGACGCCGGCGGCCUCCUGGACCUGGCGCGCGCGCCUGCGCUGGGCGGCAGCUUCGUGGGGGUCGAGCCCAUGGGGCUCGUGUGGGCCCUGGAGCCGGAUAAGCGUUUCUGGCGGUUUGUGAAGCGGGACGUGCAGACGCCCUUCGCCGUGGAGCUGGAGGUGCUCGACGGCCACGAGCCCGACGCCGGGCGUCUCCUGGGCCGGGCGGUGCACGAGCGCGACUUCCUGCGGCCCGGGGUGCGGCGGGAGCCGGUGCGCGCGGGCAGAGCGCGGGGCACGCUCUUCCUGCCCCCAGGACCUGGACCUUUCCCGGGGAUCAUUGACAUCUGUGGAAUUGGAGGGGGCCUGCUGGAAUAUCGAGCCAGCCUUUUGGCGGGUCAUGGCUUUGCCACUUUGGCUCUAGCUUAUUAUGACUUUGAAGAUCUCCCCAAGGAAAUUAACAGCAUACACCUGGACUACUUUGAAGAAGCCCUGUGCUACAUGCUUCAACACUCAGAGGUAAAGGGCCCAGGCAUUGGACUUCUGGGCAUUUCUUUAGGGGCUGAUAUUUGUCUUUCCAUGGCCUCAUUUUUGAAGAACAUCUCAGCCACAGUUUCCAUCAAUGGAUCUGGGUUCAGUGCAAAGAGAGGCAUAUACUACAAGCAGACUUGCAUCCCAUCAUUGGGCCAUGAUUUUAGGAGACUGAAGGUAGCUUUCUCAGGCCUCCUGGAUGUUGUGGAUAUACGGAAUGAUAUUGUAGGAGGGCAUGAAAACCCCAGCAUGAUUCCAAUAGAGAAGGCCCAGGGACCCAUCCUCUUCAUCGUUGGUCAGGAUGACCAUAACUGGAGGAGUGAGUUAUAUGCCCAAAUAGCCUCUGAACGGUUACAGGCCCAUGGAAAGGAAAAACCCGAGAUCAUCUCUUAUCCUGGGACUGGGCAUUAUAUUGAGCCUCCUUACUUCCCCCUAUGCCCAGCUUCUGUGACAAAAUUACUGAACAAACCUAUAAUCUGGGGUGGGGAGCCCAGGGCUCAUUCUAGGGCUCAGGAAGAUGCUUGGAAACAAAUUCUAACCUUUUUCUGUAAGCAUCUUGGAGCUAUCCAGAAUAUAGCUUCCCCUAAAUUGUAAUGCAUUGGUCUGUUAUUGACAUGAGAAAUUCAAGGUCAGAUUCUGGUGUUUAAGAAUCAUAUGUGAAUCCAUUGUCCCCUCGAUAAUGUUAAAUUCAUGUCAUGGGUAUUAAUGAUACAUUUUAGGAAACAUUUUUAAUACAUUAUGUUUUCAUUAAUUUUACUAAUGUAACACAUGCCUAUUAUAGAAGAUUCAUGUAGAAGUAUACAACACAAAAAGUAAAAAGCAUCCCCUCUGUUAAAAUUUGUAUUUUCUUCUAGAUUUUUUUUUACUUAACACUUUAAGCCAUGGAUGAAAUUUAAAGUUGAACAAAUACUAGGUUACUUUUUUUUUCUUUAAUCACUGUGGGAGAAUUGCCAUCCAGUGUUUGCUACUGGUUCAAAACUGGUGGUAGGAUAGAAUUUUCAUUGGCCAGACCUUACAGAGAGGUCUUGGUAUAAGGAAGCCAGGCCGACCUUUUCAUCUUGGAGAUCAGAGAAGAAUCUUUUGGGAGGUGGAGUUGGGGUAAAGAAGGGCAGCAUCUCUAGAAUAGUUAAGUCCAAACUCUGUUUCGAGGAUGAAUGAUUAUGACUUAUUUUCCUGCUUCCUGGCUUUAAGAAUAGACAUUGGAAAACCAUAAUGUGACAUUCUUAGAGGCCUCACUCCUCAUUUUCUUUGACAUCAGGGCUGCAAAGCAUUGCAUAAGUGUAUCUGAAGAGAUAGUGGUUGAGAAUGUUCCAAAACUGACAAAGACAUCAAGCCACAUAUUCAAGAAGCACUAUGUCUUAGCUUGAGUUGCUAUAAAAUACCAUAGACUGGUGGCUGAAACAACAGAUAAUCAGUUUUUCUGGAGGCGGGGAAGUCCAAGAUCGAGGUUCCAGCAGACUUAGUUCCUGGUAAUGGCCUUUUUGUGGCUUACAGAUGGCUGUCUUUUCCCCAUGUCUCCCUGUGGCAAAGAAAGAGAGCUCUGGUUUCUCUUCCUCUUUUUAUAAGGGCACUAAUUCCAUCAUGGUGGCCUCGCUCUCAUGCCCUCAUUUAAACCUAAUAACAUUCCAAAGGCCCCACCUUCAAAUGCCACUGCAUUGUGGGUUGGGAUUUCAAAAUAUGAAUUUUGAGGUGACACAUUCAGUUCGUAAGAACUAUACACUUCAAAGAAGGCAAGUAUAAAGAAUACCAUAUUAUCACAGAAAAAUUAUGUGUGGCAGUUUUACAACAUAGCCAUAAAUUCUUUGACACUUCUCCCACCAAGAGGUGGAAGAUCCAUAUUCUUUUCUCAAAUCUGGAUAUGCUUCUGUGUCAGUCCGUUGUGUAGAGCAUAACUGGUACUAUGUAACUUCAGAAGCUAGAUCAUAAAAGCUACGAAGGUCCCACCUUUUCUGCUGGGAACACUUGCUCUUGGAGCCGUGAGCCACCUUAAGGAGUCUGACUACUUUGAGGUUGUGAUAAUGUGAGGAAGCCAAAAAUACAUGGAGAGGCCAACUAUAGACAUUUCCUGUGAUAGUCCCAAUGGAGCCCAGCCUUCAAAUUAUUUCCACCCAGGUACCAGAUAUGUGAGUGAAAAACCUCCAGAUGAUUCUAGCUCCUAGCCAUUAAAAUCUUCCCAGCAAAGGCUUUGGAUAUCUGAAGCAGAGCAGAAUUGUACCUGUUAAACCCUGUCCAAAUCGUGUCUUUAUAAGCAAAAUGAUUCUUAUUUCACAUAACAAUGGUUUGGGGUAUGUUUCAGUUAGCGAUUGCUAUGUAAAAAACUACCUCAAAAAUAUGGUGGCUUAAAACAGUAACCAUUUGGUGUGCCUGGGUGUCUCAGUCGGUUGAGCAUCCAACUCUUGAUUUCAGCUCAGGUCAUGAUCUCAGGGUGGUGAGAUCAAGCCCAAUGUCGGACUACACAACCAAGCACGGAACCCACUUACCAUUCUGUCUCCCUCUCCCUCUGCCCGUCCCCACUGUGCUCGCACACUCUCAGUAAAAAGGGUGGGGGGAAUAGUAACCAUUUAUUUUUCUCACUCACCUGGCAAGGAGGUUGGUAGUGGCCAUCAUCUGGGAAUUCAGACAGUCCUAUGUGUUAGGAGGAUCUCCCAGUUUCUCUCCACAUGGGUCUUUUCACUGGCUACUUGGGCUUGGAUCCAAGAGUGAGCAUCCCAAGACAGCAAAGCAAAAUUGCAUGGCAUUUUUUUGACCUGUCUUGGAAGCUACAUAGCAUCACUCUUGCCAUACUCUAUUGGUCAAGGCAGUCCCAAAGCCCCACCCAAGUUCAAGGACAACAUAGAGUUCACCUCUUAAAAAGAGUGCAGCAAGGUUCUAGAAGAAUAUAGGAUGGGAAAUACUGUAAUCAUUUUUUGAAAAUCUGCCUUCUGGCCACAGUGGUUCCCAUUCCUCCCACAGUUAGAAUACAUCCAUUCCUCUUCCAAGGCCCCUCAAAAAUCUCAUUCCAUUAUAGUGUCUAAGAUUGCAUCACCUAUAUCACAUCCAGGUACAGAUGAGGCUCGUCUGGUAUACUUCUUUGGGUAUAGCUCCUUGAGUAUCAUUGUCAAAGUGAAGACCUGUGAACUAAAGAAACAACUACACACACAAAGACAGAAUACAAUGUGGGAUAGGUGUAAGAUAACUCUUACAUUCUUGUUCAAAAAUGGGGGAAGUGGGAGGCACACAACAGUCACUGGCCCCUAGCAAUUUUGAAAUCCAGCUGAGAACAUGUUGCGAAUUCUUUGGUGCUCAGUUAACCCUCUGUAAGUUGUUCUCUGUAGCUCUUGGUUCCACCCUCUGAGUGAAAACCUUUUUUUUCCAUAAAAAAAACUGAGUUAGCAACGACAAAGUCUCCUCAGUCAGCUUCUUAGAUGAAAAAGAUCAGGAGUCCAAAGUUCUUUCCUUCUCUGCAUUCUAUUUCAGUUCAAAUUUGUACUGCUACCAGAACAAUUCUCUUAAGAACUAUGUGGGUUUUCUAAAACCCUUAGUGAGGUUCACUUUAUUAGGUAAAACACAGCAAUAUAAGUCUAUUUGAGGCAAAAACUUCUCUACCUGGGUCUCCCUGUGAGGAUGCUGAGGGUAAUACCCUUGAGAUUCUAACAAGGCCUAUUAUUUAAUAGUUAGGAUCUGCUGGGGAUACCUUAAAAUCUUCAGAGGGCUUUCUGUCAGUCUGAAAUGUUCUGUGAAGCACUACCUUGAAUCUUUCUGAGGUCUUUAUGAAGGAUCUCCCAUAGACCCACUCUGGAUUUGACUUUGGUCUGAGGUCCUGUCUUAAUUAAAGACUAAUUUGCCAUAUGGGGAGGCCGGGAAAGAUACAGUAUUAUUGUCAAACUUGGCAAAUCCUGGUUCCUUCACAUGUAACAGUUCAUUCUUUAGUUUAAUUCUUUCUCUUGCAUUUUAUCAUAGGCAGCAGCAGAAGUCAGCUGGCACUGUCAGUACUCUGCCAGGAAAUCCCCUCAGCCAGAUUAUUGAAUUCAUUUAGGUGUCUCUUCCAUUUUUCACAUUACUGCAAGUGUCAGUGUUGCCUUCGGCUUCCAAUAAGUUUUUGUUGCUUCCCUAAUAGCCUCCAUGGGGUCCUUUAGGCUUUCACUAACAGUCUCCUUAAAGCCUUUCCAACUUCCACCAGCUACCUAGUCCUAAAGGCAACUGUGGUUCCUGUGUAUAUGGGCAUGUCCACAGACUGCUCAAGUUUUCACAUAGCAUGAUAUCUGACCUGCAAAAUGAAUGUCCCAAGAGAGGAUGGCAGAAAUGCAUGGCAUUUUUUAGACCUAGCUUUGGAAGUCGCAUAGCAUCACUUCAACUGUACUCUAUUGUUUGAGAUAAGCACAAAGAUGUCAGUGCAAGGAAAAUAGCUCUAGACUCUUAUCUCCUGAUAAGGGAACUGCAAGAUUCCUAGAAGAACAUCUGAGAUGGGAGUUAAUUGUUGCAGUGAUCUUUGCAAUCUGUCCACAGAAUUGUUAUGUAGGAACACUGCUGAAAAGAAAGCUAAAGAUUAAAAAGCCUUACCAGCAGCCACAGAAAAAAGACAACCUCCAAAGGAACAGCAAUAAUCUAAAAACUAACUUAAAAACAGCAAAAUGGAAACGGGAAGCCACUGGAAUGAUACCUUCAAAGCACUGACAGAAAAUAUGUGACAAAGUAGAAGCCUAGGCUAGCAAAAGAGAUAUUUAAAUAUGAAAGCAUUUAUUUUUCAUAAAGAUUAUUGAAAAAAAUUAAAUUGAAAUAAUUUUCAGAAAAAUAUAAAUUGAGAUAAUAGAGCAUAUCUUUUUCUAAAGGAAAAACUAAAGAGAAUUCUUCAAGCACAAGGAAAAUGAUUCCAGGGGAGAGCAUUUAGACGAAGGAAGAAAUGGAAUAUAAUGAAGAGGUUAAAUGUGUAUAUAAAUCUAAAUAAAUAUCUUUUUAAAUAUUUUACUUAUUUAUUUCAGAGAGAGAGAUAGAGCAUGAGUGGGGGUGGG